CUGGCUUUAUUUUGGUUUCACUAAUUUUCGUUCACGUUAGAUGGCGCUAUUCUAAUAGUCUUUGCAGUACGCCAUUUCUUCUCAAGAAGAAGAAGAAGAAGAAGCGGAAGGAUUCUGGCAGAAGUGAAACGGAAGUAAGUACGUGGCUGCUUCAGCUGACAUUCUGCAUGAUGGCGACUGAGGUUCGGAGCGGCGACCUCAACAGUGGAAAUUCAAGCCGUCUCGAAGUUUCCAUCGACGGCUUAACGUUGAGCCCGGAUUCCGAGGGAGAGCAGGAGCAGGCGGAGCCGUCCAGCCCCCGGUCAGAGGAGCAGAGCGCCGCCGGCGGGGACGGCGCGGAGAGGGGCGAAAAUGCCAAGACCUCGGUGGAGAGGAUCUGGGGGUUUCCUUUAGUUGAGCUUUACGGCCUGGCGCUGAAAUUCUUUAAAGAAAAAGAUGGCAAGGCCUUCCACCCGACCUAUGAGGAGAAGCUCCGUCUGGUGGCCCUUUAUAAGCAGGUGCUGCAGGGGCCCUACAACCCAGAUGCCUCUCCGGAGGUGGGCUUCUUCGACGUGCUGGGAAAUGACCGCAGGAAAGAAUGGGCAUCUCUGGGGAAUAUGGAGAAGGAUGAGGCCAUGGUUGAGUUUGUCAAGCUGUUGAAUAAAUGCUGUAGCUUAUUCGCACCAUUCGUCGCAUCACACAAGAUUGAAAAGGAGGAGCAGGAGAGGAAGAGAAGAGAGGAAGAAGCGCGGCAGCGCCGAGAAGAAGAGGAGCGCGAGCGUCAGCGGCAGGAGGAGGAGAGGCGUCGGCGGGAAGAGCAGGAGAGGCUGAGGAGGGAUGAGGAGGAGCGGCGGUAUGCAGAGGAGGAGAGACUCCGUGUGGAGCAGCAGAAGCAACAGAUCAUGGCAGCUCUGAACGCUCAGACAGCAGUGCAGUUCCAGCAGUACGCGGCGCAGCAGUACCCUGACAGCUCCGAGCAGCAGCUCAUCCUCAUCAGACAGCUGCAGGAGCAGCACUACCAGCAGUACAUGCAGCAGCUGUACCAGGUGCAGCUGGCCCAGCAACAGGCGGCCCUGCAGAAGCAGCAGGAAGAUGCUGUAGUUCUCGCCACGCUAGAGGCCAGCGAGGUUUCAGCAACCCCUGUUGGUGAGGAUGCUCCCACAGUGAAUGGCCAGGCGGAGUCGACCACUGACAGCGUGGAGAGAGAGGCUGACCUGGAGCCCGCCGACGAGGUCACAGAGAACGGCCCCACUGACUCCUCUCCGGUGAUAGCCGCCCCCUCCAUGUGGACCCGCCCACAGAUAAAGGACUUUAAGGAGAAGAUUCGGCAGGAUGUGGACUCUGUGAUCACGGUGGGCCGAGGCGAGGUGGUCACUGUCCGCGUCCCCACCCACGAGGAGGGCUCAUACCUCUUCUGGGAGUUCGCCACCGACCACUACGACAUCGGCUUUGGCGUGUUCUUUGAAUGGACGGACACGGCCAACGCGUCCGUCAGCGUCCACGUCAGCGAGUCCAGCGACGAAGACGAGGACGAGGAAGCAGAGCCACAGAGCGAGGAGGAGAAGGCCAAGAAGGUAGCAGGCAAGCCGCAGGUGGACGAGAUAGUGCCGGUGUACCGGCGGGACUGCCAUGAGGAGGUGUAUGCCGGCAGCCACCAGUACCCUGGACGCGGCAUCUACCUGCUCAAGUUCGACAACUCCUACUCACUCUGGAGGUCCAAGAGUGUCUAUUACAGAGUCUACUACACCAGAUAAGCCUGGAGCCAAGACUGGAGCAGGAAGGGGAGGAAGGGAGAGGGAGAGAGAGAGAGAGAGUGUGCGUGUGUUUUGCGCACACCCGUGCGAGUGUGUGUGCGGGUGCGUGGUGGGGGUGCGUCUCAUGCUGUUGGAGUUUAGGACGAUAUGGCCCUUAUGUAUCCUUGCCACCUCUGUUUUGCACUCUGAAAGGUGUGCUCUAGGACUUUGUGCUUGUUAAUAGUAUUGUCUUCUCUAACCAGUGUGACUUGAUCCUUCAUCUUCAAAUGUCACCCAAAGAGGUGCUCGGGCCAUGUAUAAAGCUGUUUGUCCUAACUAGAAACGAGGCAGGUUAUCGGGUCAUGUUCGGACGCAGCAGGGAACCAUGUGACACAGCAGGGAGAGGCUGAAGGGACUAACUAAUACUGCUUUUCCACCACUGCCUGGCGCCAUGUCUGUUCCCUUUCUUCUGGUACUGGAAUGCCACUCUGGAUCUCCUACACUGAGGCUAAGUUAACCUAGUUGGACAUAGCAUAGUUUAUUUUUCCCCUGAAGCAUACUUGCAUAGUUCUGGCAAGCAAGGACAAAAUAUAUCUGUUUUUAGUCUCUUUACUGUUCAGCUCUGGCUUGGUAGUUAUUCUUUACUAUCCAUGUGUUACAUAACAUGAAUGUUAAAAAAAAAAAAAAUUUUAAAAACAGGCGCUUAAUGGCGACAUUUAAGCUCUAUAGUGAUCAAUCACAUAUUAAAGACUUGCGGUAAAUAUAACAAACAGAUGUUUCCAUAUGUAAACUCCAGAACAAAAGAAUGACAACCUUUGGGAUAGCACCGUAUUUUUCAGGCUGUCAGCAUCCCUAAUGUGUUUUGGCUUGUUGCCAACGCAAGAAUGAACCGUUCACUCAGCUGCUUCCCUGCUGAUUGUUACUGGUGUGUUACACUGCCUCCAUGCCGGCAAGUCCACAGGCGUGUUUAAUGCAAACGUUUCCCUGAUAUCUUUAACUAUACUUAUCUGAGCUCUUGCUCAUCGUUCUGUGACCCGGGUAAGCAUUACGCCUCCUUUAGUGUUCUUGUUUGCAGUGGAAACAUGCGUAGACAGGUCGGCACCGCCGAGCCCGGGGUGUGGCUUUGGUUCCACUCAAUUGCAGGUGGUAAUGGAAAAGGGGCUUGACAUGCCUUGCUCCCAGAGGACUUCCUCACGUAGGCCACCACUGAGAAUACCAGCCGAUGGCAGCGUAUAGCAUGUGCCACCCAGUGGCUCCUGAAAAAAGAACCCAAUAAAUAGGAUGAAUGUGACAUGCCUUUUCUGCUGAUGAAAGGGUGGGGAUAGCAUAUCUGGACAAAGCUGCUGGAGGCCUUGGAAAGACCUUGUUUUUGCAACAUUUGCUAAUGUGGUUGGAUUGCGUGUAAAGCAUUUAAUAAAUAUUUAUAAAUAUCCCUAGCAGAGUAGGGUUCUUGGUGUGUCUGUCAUUACAUGUUACUCAUUUCCCAGCCAAUCUUUUCUCCUUUUGGAAGAGCUUUUUUUUUUUUUUUUCUUGGCUGAGCUAUUCACUGUUACUUAAGGUAUUUGUUUUAAGUUCUUUCUGUCAUCAAUCUCAUAUUGGCAGUAUUGACUUUUUUAUAUUGUGGCAUAAAAAAAACUUUCAAACCUUUUUGCCUUUUUUGGUCUGUCACACUGUUACCUUUUGUUGACGUCUGUAGUUCUAGGAAGCCACAUUCAGACAAACUGUAAAUAAGCAGCCUUUUCAUUUCCUAAUUUUAUAAUUGCCACAAAACAAUUAAUUAUCUUUAUUAAAAAUUGUUUUCUGUCCUUCACAAUCUUUUAUAUUACAGUGGCUGCCUGACUAAUUAUACUAAUUACCAAAAGCAACCCUUGAAUCUAGGAGUGCUUUGACUGUUUCUGUAUUGUUUAGAAGGUUGUUUGCAGCUUUGAAGACCAUUACAGUGAGCACUGCUAUGAAUUUAUCGAUUGUGAUGUUACGAGCUGUUUUUUUUUUCCAAGUUGCAAGAAUGCAUUAUCCUCAUCAGAACUUUUAACUGAACCUACAUUCGUAACGACCCAUCACUGUUCGCUAAGCCUACAUUCAUCCCCACUGCUGUUUGAUGGCGUUACUAUGCUAUGGUCAAUUGAAAUAUAAGUUCCCUGUGUGUUUGCGUAUGCCUGUGUGAUUCAAAGCAGGCUUCUAUGCUUUCAGCCGUCCUACACGGGUUCACAUGCAAGUACAUUCAUGUAAAUCUGUUCGUUCAUGUACGUGGCUGCACCUGUGACAUGGUCCACAAGUGCACAGAGUGUCAUGAUACGCUCACCGCCAGAACCUGCCGCACAAAAGCGACCCAAAGAGAACAUCAUUGAAGUUUGUACAGACCUGUUCUUUAAGAUAACGCACAUUAUCUUGCGCUCUUAUUUCCCUGAUUGUUAAUAAUGGGAAGUCAGAGCAUUAUAAAGUAAAACAACACUGGGCUUGAUGACGCUGGACUAAGGAAUUUUAGUAAAAGGCAGAAGUGAGUUAAACGGUAUAUUGCAUAUUUUCCCUGUUUACAAAGUGAAAAAAUUUAAAUUUCAUAUGAUAAGGACAUGAAGAAACAGCAUUUUGUAUUGAUUUGACCUGUAUGAUCUAUAUGAGUUUGAGAAUGAGUGUCUUUGAGCAUAUAUUUAAUCUUAAUUAAACUUAUGUUCAUCCGUA